UCGGGGCCGCCAUCUUGGCAAGAAGCGAAGCGGUGGCGGCUCCUGUCAGGGGAGCGGCAGGUCCUGAGUGGCCCGUCCUCCCCACCCGGGUCCCUCAGCCUUCUGUCCAGUGGAGCCGGAGCGCGGGCUCGCCGCACCACCGUUCUCAUCAUGGUGCUGUUGGCAGCAGCUGUCUGCACAAAAGCAGGGAAGGCUAUAGUCUCUCGACAGUUUGUGGAAAUGACCCGGACUCGAAUUGAAGGGUUGCUAGCAGCUUUCCCCAAGCUUAUGAACACUGGAAAGCAACACACAUUCGUUGAGACAGAGAGUGUAAGAUACGUCUAUCAACCUAUGGAGAAGUUGUACAUGGUUCUGAUCACCACCAAAAAUAGUAACAUCCUGGAGGAUCUGGAGACGCUACGGCUCUUCUCUAGAGUGAUCCCUGAAUAUUGCCGAGCCUUAGAAGAAAAUGAGAUCUCUGAGCACUGCUUUGACCUGAUUUUUGCUUUCGAUGAGAUUGUUGCCCUGGGUUACCGAGAGAAUGUUAACCUAGCACAAAUCCGGACUUUCACAGAAAUGGACUCACAUGAGGAGAAGGUGUUCCGAGCAGUUCGAGAGACUCAGGAGCGUGAGGCCAAGGCUGAGAUGAGGCGUAAAGCAAAGGAGUUACAACAGGCCCGAAGAGAUGCAGAGAGACAGGGCAAAAAAGCACCAGGCUUUGGAGGAUUUGGAAGCUCCGCGGUUUCCGGUGGCAGCACAGCUGCCAUGAUCACAGAGACUAUCAUUGAAACAGAAAAAACAAAAGUGGCACCUGCACCAGCCAGGCCUUCAGGUCCAAGCAAGGCUUUGAAACUUGGAGCCAAAGGGAAAGAAGUAGACAAUUUUGUGGACAAACUGAAAUCUGAAGGUGAAACCAUUAUGUCCUCCAAUGCAGGCAAGCGUACCUCUGAAGCAGCCAAGGUGCUCACUCCACCUAUUAACAUGGAAAGUGUGCAUAUGAAGAUUGAAGAAAAAAUUACCUUGACUUGUGGACGAGAUGGAGGCUUGCAGAACAUGGAGCUCCAUGGCAUGAUCAUGCUGAGGAUCUCAGAUGACAAAUUUGGUCGGAUUCGUCUACAUGUGGAAAAUGAAGAUAAGAAGGGAGUGCAACUCCAAACCCACCCAAAUGUGGACAAAAAACUCUUUACUGCAGAGUCUCUAAUUGGCUUGAAGAACCCUGAAAAGUCAUUCCCGGUCAACAGUGAUGUUGGAGUGCUAAAGUGGAGGCUACAGACCACAGAGGAAUCUUUCAUUCCAUUGACAAUUAACUGCUGGCCCUCUGAGAGUGGAAAUGGCUGUGAUGUCAACAUAGAGUAUGAGCUGCAAGAAGAGAACUUGGAACUGAAUGAUGUAGUCAUCACCAUCCCACUCCCGUCUGGAGUUGGUGCCCCUGUAAUUGGUGAGAUUGAUGGUGAAUAUCGCCAUGACAGUAGACGAAACACCUUGGAGUGGUGCCUGCCAGUGAUUGAUGCCAAAAACAAGAGUGGCAGCCUAGAAUUCAGCAUUGCUGGGCAGCCUAAUGACUUCUUUCCUGUGCAAGUCUCCUUCAUCUCCAAAAAGAACUAUUGCAACAUACAGGUUACCAAAGUGACCCAAGUGGAUGGAAAUAGUCCUGUAAGGUUUUCCACGGAGACCACCUUCCUUGUGGAUAAAUAUGAAAUCCUGUAAUACCAAGAGAAGGGAACCGAAAAGGAAGAUUUUUAAAUAAAAGAAGAAACCCACAAUGGCUAAAGAGUCUUUUCCAAAUCUGCAAGCCACUGGAAAUCUUUUUUUCUGAUAAGACGCACGAUUCUGUAUGCGCAGGGACCCUCAACUCAUCCCCAGUUCCAGGGUCUCAGAGACAUUCUUUGGCAAAGAAUUCACACAAGUAAAAGGGGGGAAAGGCUAUUGACUUACUUGGCAGAUCUCACUGGCCAGCCGGAAAGCAGGCUCCCCAGAGAAUGCCCCCGGUUAAACAUCUUACAUGCCCCGCCCCUCAUUUCAUUCCCUAAAUGCAGUUGCACCUCAUACUUUCUUUGUUUAAAAGGUUUUCUCAGCAAAUAAUCCUUUCUGCUCCUAGCCUUCUUUUCUGUCACUUCAGUCAGGCACUGGGAUCUUUUUUGUACAUAAGCACUGCAUUUGUUUGUCACUCCUUGAAACAAACUGAUCUGGCCAGUCCUUAAUUGUAGAACUUUGAAAGUGAAGGUUUUGAUUUUUGUAAUGGGGUUCUGGAGUGAAAACACAAAGAAUGUCUUAUAUCCUUGUUCCAUUUCCCUUCACCCUCCCUGCUGCCUCCUCCUCCUCCUCAAUUCUGCACACUCCCAAGAUGUCCCUCAUUCAGGCCUAUCCCCAAGAACAUCGCUGAGAAUCUAGUUUGAAGUCAAGAAUGGGUGGUAGCUGCCUUCUCUUUGGGAGUGAGUCGCAGUCCUCAGAUGGUCUCAUGUUCUUCAUUUGGGAAAGAAUAGGAGAUCUGUUAGAAUGAUGCUGCUCUUGGGGCCUCCAAAUAGAGCUUAUCCAUCCAGAGAUAUAAUCAUGUCUGUUGCCAAGGUUCCCCUAUUUGCAGUUACUCCAUUUAGCCAGUUACUCUGGCCAAAGGUUUGUUACUUUAGAGUGUUUAUGAUCCAUUUAAAAUCCUAUCACCACUACCUUCCUCCUGGCCAUUCAGAAUGUCCAGUCCUCCUCAGAAUCCUAGACAAGAAUAGAGUGGUAGUGUUUGAAGCCAAAUUCAUUUGAGUCUCAACAAUCUCAAUUGACUUGUAACAUUGAAGGGACUCUCUGUUGUUACCAUGUUUUAGGUCCUUAACAAGCAGAUGGAAAUUUCUUAUUGUAUGUCCUAGUAUGGGAACUGCUGCCCAGCCCAUUUUCUGCUUUGUGCACUUUCCAUCUACAUAAACACUUAUUGAAAUGCCCACUUUCCCUUUUCUUCCACAUAGCAUCAGAUGCUGGUUGAUUUUUUUUUUUCAUGCCAUUUUAUCCACCAAUAAGAGAAAAACUCAGCAGCCCGCUGAGCCUGGAUUUGUGUCCAUUGAAAUUAAUAAGGAUUGGCUUCAGGAAAUGGCAUCGUGUGCUGCAGCAGCGACUGGCAGAGGGGACAAGCAAAUACUCCUGCACCUUUAGCCAAUGAAAGAAUCCUUCUCUCUCCCUUGUGGAGAGUGUGCUUGAAGCAGUCCAUACUUUUAUAAAGGGUCCUGGGAUUGUCUUCCAAGGAAGCUCCUGGCCUUCCCCGCCCCCCCCCCCCUUUUUUUUUUCUCUUAACUGCAUCAGGGAGGAAUCUUCAAUUUGGUUUCCAUGUGAGGGUUUUUGGGGGAGGGGGACAGGGAUAAGAAAUUUGUCAUGUAGUUAAGUAGGUGAGAAAUACUAUUAAUCCAAUUUUGUUCAAGAGUUGCUUGUCCAUAUGAUUUUUAAAAGGUUUAGUUACUUCACAGGAACUUUUUUUUUUUUAAAUUACUUUUGGGGUAAUAUUUAAAAUGAAAGACGUUUUGUAACCCUGUAAAAUAAUUACAUAGGGAAUAUAACAUUCCAGUGUACACAAAGAAUACAAAUUCUUUAAUCAAAUAAAGAGUAUUAUAAAAUCA